AUGUCAGCAUAUAUGUUAUGGUUAAAUGCUAGCCGUGAGAAGAUAAAGGGGGAUAAUCCUGGGAUUAGUAUUACUGAUUUGUCUAAGAAAGCUGGCGAAAUAUGGAAGGGGAUGUCCAAGGAGAAGGAAUGGGACCGUAAAGCUGAGGAAGCAAAGCGUGACUAUGAGAAAGCCAUGAAAGAGUACAACAAAAAUGCCCCUCCCUCUGAAGUUUCCAAAAAAGUGAGAUGCAUUUGCUUUUUUGAGGUUACAAUAGCCCUGUUUUUACCCAGUGAUUUACUGUCUUUAACCUGCUUUUUUAAUAAGGGAGAAGAAGCAAAAAAGAGAGAAAAAGACGCCUGGGAAGACUGA